AUGGAAAGGAAAGAGCUGUAUUUUGCUUUUGCAUCAAAUCUAAGUGAAAGAAAAAUGAAAGAACGUGGAGCAAAAUUCACUUCUCGCGAGAGCGCAGUGCUUCGCGGAUAUCGCUUUGUCUUCAACACCAACUGGAAAGAUGAUGGUUUUGGUUACGCUAAUAUCACCCAAGACGAAGGUUCCGCGGUUCAUGGCGCUUAAAACAGGGGCACCCAAUGACUGUUUUCUGUAAAAUAUCUGUUCGGAGAAGCAAAAAUUGCCUAGAAUUUUCUAUAGCUUGAAGAAGGCUAAAAAUUUCUAGAUGACCGUCCCAUUCAUGUACAAUUUUCCAAGCUUAUCUAAUAAAUUCCCUACGAUUUUCUGAAGUUUGAUUUUUCACAUUCCACACCCCAGGUUAGACUAUUUUUCGUCGGAAAAACGAAACCUAAAAUUUUCGGAUUCAAAAAUGUGAUGGAGAGAAGAAUAAAAAAAAAAAAUUCUUUUUCGUAAUGCGCUAAAUUGCAUCUAAAAUUUUCGGGAAAAUAAUACUAAAGCCCUCGUAAUUUCGAAAAGGCUCAAGUUCCCCUAGGAUGACCGAACAGAUACAAAUUUUAUAGCGUCCCUUAGAAUGCAUUUCUAGAGAUCUAAAAAUACUCUGGAUAGCCUAAAAAGUGCCUAAAUGAAUUUGGGAGGAAACCGUCGUUGGGUGCCCCUGACAAUAUGGAAGGGAAGGAGCUGCAUUUUGCUUUUGCAUCAAAUCUAAGUGAAAGAAAAAUGAAAGAACGUGGAGCAAAAUUCACUUCUCGCGAGAGCGCAGUGCUUCGCGGUAUCACCCCAGACGAAGGUUCCGCGGUUCAUGGCGCUUUAUACAUCUGCGAGAAGGGAAGCAUGUGUAAAAUGGAUCACGAGCACAUUCAUGAAGGCAAUCGUUUUCACCGAGUGAUCGUUAAAGUGGAAAAGAGAAACGGGUAA